GAGAGUCAGCGGCGGGUCUGAGGAGCCUGAGAAAGGGAGAGAUUUUAAACAGACGAGCUUACAUAUGAUGUGAUUGGCUGAAAGCACAAGUCGAAGACAUGAGCUUGGGAGAGGCGUGCAUUUUCUUGCGAGGCGGGAAAAAUAUCUCAAGGGAUCUGGCGGACGACGAGAUAGACGAGCUGCGUGAUGCGUUCAAUGAGUUUGACAAGGACAAGGACGGCCUGAUCAGCUGUAAGGACCUGGGCAACCUGAUGAGGACCAUGGGUUACAUGCCCACCGAGAUGGAGCUCAUCGAGCUGAGCCAAAACAUCAACAUGAACCUUGGCGGUCGAGUGGAUUUUGACGAUUUUGUGGAUCUGAUGGCACCCAAACUUCUGGCGGAAACAGCUGGCAUGAUUGGAGUGAAGGAGCUGAAAAACGCCUUCAAGGAGGUCAGACUGCACCACUGA